GGGGAGGAUGGUGAAAGCUUACCACGGACGCGGAGGAUAAUGACUCGUGAUUACUACACAGCACCUGCAGUUUUGGGUAGCAUGGACUCUCUGUACCCCUUUAGGUUGCUCGGCCCUUGGUUUCUUUGCGCUGUCUCGCUAUCUGUGUGUAGUUUUGGAAGUAUGCUUGUUUGCAGGCGCCUACGACCAUUUCCCCUUCACCCGGUCGCUUUCAAGGCCGCUUUAUCGACGGCCAAGGAAGCCUGGUAACCAUCAAACGGUCACCGGUCGACCUUUGUCCUGGACUACACCAAAUCCUCCUGGGUACAAACUCUCUUCGAGAUACCUAUGAAUACGUUGGUUCCGCGCUCUUAGUCAACACAUUCAUCGCCUUCAUCCUCUGCCGCGAACGCCUAGGCUGCAUCAUCAAUGUCUCCUCCCGCGAAGAUAUCUUCGAAACACAUACACCUCUUCGUCCGCAAAAUGAGACAAAUAUGUCCACACCAACAUGUCCAAAGCCGCACUUAACAUGCUCACGGAGACGGAAGCACAGACAGCGUGGCACGGUCGACGGGUUGCGAUGGAUAUGGUUGUUCCGGGAUAUAUGAGCGCGGCGCCGGAGUAUGAAGAUGCUUUUGAUGGGGUGAGACCGAUUGGCUGGGAGGAUAUUGUGGCCGUUUGCGGUGGCGGAAACUGGGGAGAAGGCCGUUUGGAGACGGCUCUUGAAGCAUUACGGGGGCUUGGAGGGUGAUUGUGGGAGGUGCGAAGGGUUCGUUCGGAUGACUGGUGAUCGGAUCGUGGAUACCAUUGCAACGAUAGCGAGUAAUAGCGGGAUGAUAUGAUGCCUACCUUUCCGUCCUUCUGUACCGUUCCGGAAACAUAUUAGAAUCUUCUUAUGUGUAGUCGAUGAUCGGUCGAUCGAAAAGUCUCAGCAUCUUUGAACACGGGUUGCAUAGUCGACUUCAUGGAUAGCGGUUUACGGGUACCUGCGCUGCUUGCUCAGCUGUUCAGUUGCAACACCCUCUCAAAUUUCCGAUCCUCUUCUAUGUGCCACAGAUACCGUACUAUCAUCGAAAUCGCUGAAGAUACUGCUGUUGUGUGACGAAUUGUCCGAUGCCUGCCGUCUGCUUUCCGUUAAGAUGGUCAUAUGAGAAGAUGUAGAGAGGUGUAUAAUGAUUAAGCAACAGGCGGCCUCACCUAUC